AUGGAAGCUUUCUUCAACCUUAUUUGCCCUAAUUCUCCACCCGUGUGGGAUGGGAGUGGAUUCUCCAAAUGUUUUGAAAACAUUGUUUUAGGUUUUGUGACAAAUUCUGUAACUGUCUUUCUGAUUGCUGUACUUGGAAUAACCCAAAGGAAUGGCAGAAGAAAUUGGACGAUGAACCUUUCAGAAAAGCUUUUAUUGUACUUUCUUCCUGCCAUUGGAGCCUCUUUGACCUUUCUGGACAUAGUUUUUCUUUUCAAGAAAGCACUUCGAGGAGAGUUUGUAGAACAUUAUCAAUGGUUGUUCGUUUGUUCUCGUUUCACGGUGUGGGCAGCUAUCAUACUGUUAUCAAAGUUUGCCAACUACAGCUGCGUCAUUUGCAACCGAAUUUUAUGUUUCUGGUGGAUUAUAAAAGUGCUAGCCGGGAUUCCGAACUUACUAACAGUAUAUAACUCAUUUGAGGUACUGAGUUGUAUCAAAGAGAGCAGUAUUGUUUUAUUUGAUAUUAUGUUUGGACUGUCGAUUAACAUUAUCACAGUAAAACGAAAAUCUUCCAAGAGCAGUUUAAUGGAAGAUCCACUACUUUCAUCUGAUGUGGACCUCGAGGAAGGUUGCGACAGGGACUCGGGAAGCAAUCAGAGUUAUUUGGAUCUUGUUACAUUCAAAUCUAUCGCAUCCGUAAUGAAUCAUGGUGUGAUAAAGCAGCUUGACUUUGACGAUUUGCUCCGGCUUCCCGCUGAUAUGGAUCCCUCUUGUUGUCAUGAUACAUUGUUGAGAUCUUGGCAAUCACAAUGCAGUAAUGAUUGUUCUAAUCCGUCUCUGUUAAUGGCAAUCUGUCAUGCGUAUGGAUGGCCAUAUUUUCGUUUGGGUUUGUUGAAGGUGCUUAAUGAUUGUGUUGGUUUUGUUGGACCAUUGCUUCUCAACAAACUGAUUCGAUUUCUUGAUCAAGGUUCAGGGCACGUGGAUGGCUAUGUUCUUGCAGUAUCAUUGGGGCUCACAUCAAUCUUUAAAUCCUUGUUGGAUACACAAUAUACCUUUCAUCUUACCAAGCUUAGACUAAAGCUACGGUCUGGUAUUAUGACUGUUAUCUAUCAGCAGUGUCUACACAUCAACCUAGCAGAGCGAUCGAAAUUCACUGAGGGGGAAAUUCAGACAUUCAUGUCUAUAGAUGUUGAUCGAACUAUCAACUCAUGUAAUACUUUCCAUGAUAUGUGGAGCUUGCCUUUUCAAAUUGGAGUGGCUUUGUACCUUCUAUAUACACAAGUAGAAUUUGCUUUUGUGUCUGGAAUUGCUAUAACCAUUUCCUUGAUACCAGUUAAUAAGUGGAUAUCCAAAUUAAUUGCAAAUGCCAGUGAGAAAAUGAUGAAGCAAAAGGAUGAGAGGAUUAGGAGAACAGUAGAACUUUUGACAUAUAUUCGCACUUUAAAGAUGUAUGGGUGGGAGCUUCUUUUCUCUGGUUGGUUGAUGGAGACAAGAUCAGCAGAAGUGAUGCACUUAAGUACGCGGAAGUACUUGGAUGCGUGGUGUGUAUUCUUUUGGGCUACGACACCAGCCCUUUUCUCUCUUUUCACAUUCGGACUCUUCACGCUGAUGGGAAAUCAACUUGAUGCUGCAAUGGUCUUCACUUGUCUUGCUCUGUUCAAUACUUUGAUUUCUCCACUAAACUCGUUCCCAUGGGUUAUUAAUGGAUUGAUUGAUGUCUUUAUAUCUACCAGACGAUUGAGCCGGUUUCUGUCUUCGUGUGACUGGAAGUCAAAACUGGAAGAGAUGGAUGAUGCUUCAUCAAAGUUACUAGUGAACGCCCAAUCUGAAUUUUGCUCUGAAGAAAUGGCUGUGGUUUUCCACAAUGCAUGUUGUGCUUGGUCAAUCGGUGACAAUGAAGAAAGAAAUUUCAUACUAAAUAAUGGGACUCUAGGUGUUCCAAAGGGUUCUUUCACCGCAGUUAUUGGAGAGGUUGGUUCAGGUAAAUCAUCCUUCUUAAAUUCAAUUUUGGGAGAAAUGAGACUUGUCCACGGUUCAAUACAGUCGAGUGGAUCUAUAGCAUAUGUACCACAGGUCCCUUGGAUUCUAUCUGGAACAAUACGUGAUAACAUAUUGUUCGGGAAGAAUUAUGAUCCAAGAAGAUACUCGGACACUUUAUGGGCUUGCGCGCUAGAUGUUGAUAUCUCAUUGAUGGACGGAGGUGACAUGGCUUAUAUUGGAGAAAAAGGAAUCAAUCUGUCAGGUGGACAGCGAGCUCGGCUUGCUUUGGCAAGGGCUAUCUAUCAUGGCUCAGAUAUUAUUAUGCUUGAUGACGUCCUGAGUGCGGUUGAUGCACAAGUUGCUCGGUGGAUUUUAUUCAAUGCUAUUCUAGGUCCUCUCAUGAAACAACAUACUCGUGUGCUCUGUACUCAUAAUGUUCAGGCAAUAUCUUCUGCUGAUAGGAUUAUUGUUAUGGAUAAAGGACGUGUGAAGUGGAUGGGAAGUUCAACUGAUUUGCCUGUGUCUUCAUAUUCAGGAUUCUCUCCACUGAAUGAACUUGAUAUGAGUAUACAUGUUCAAGGACAAGAAAGCGGCGUAGGAACGUAUAGUGAAGACAAAUCUGAGGCCAUCCUAGAGAAAAGCAUUGUGUGUGCAUCUGAGGGAGCAAAAAAGAUAAUUGAAGAUGAGGUGCGGAAAGACGGCAGAGUUGAACUGAUAGUGUACAAGAAUUAUGCUGCUUUCUUGGGUUGGUUCGUAACAAUUGUAAUAUGCGUGUCAGCAAUCCUGAUGCAAGCUUCACGAAAUGGAAAUGAUUUAUGGCUAUCUUACUGGGUUGACACAACUACUGGAAAGCAUCAGAAAGAAUAUUCUACAUCUUUUUAUCUGGUUAUACUAUGCAUCUUUUGUGUCGUAAAUUCUGCUCUUACAUUGGCGAGGGCAUUCUCAUUUGCAUUUGGUGGCUUAAGAGCUGCAGUUAAGGUGCACAAUACACUGCUCAACAAGCUUAUAAAUGCACCUGUUCAGUUCUUUGAUCAGACGCCAAGUGGAAGAAUAUUGAACAGGUUGUCUUCAGAUCUUUAUACAAUCGACGAUUCUCUUCCAUUCAUUCUCAACAUUCUCCUAGCCAAUUUUGUUGGCCUGCUAGGAAUUGCAGUGGUUUUGUCAUUCGUCCAGAUUUUGUUCCUUCUUUUGUUACUGCCAUUUUGGUACAUCUACAGCAAACUUCAGUUCUUCUACAGGUCAACAUCCAGGGAACUACGAAGGCUGGAUAGUGUCUCGCGAUCUCCCAUCUAUGCAUCCUUCACAGAGACACUUGAUGGAUCAUCAACCAUAAGGGCAUUCAACUCCAAGGAUUACUUCUUGGAGAGAUUUAUGAAACACGUGACUCUGUAUCAGAAAACUUCAUACUCAGAGUUGACAGCAAGUUUGUGGCUUUCUUUGAGGCUUCAGCUGUUGGCAGCAUUUAUCAUCUCAUUUGUUGCCGUCAUGGCUGUUGUUGGAUCUAAUGGAAAUUUACCAAUCAGUUUUGGCACACCAGGGCUGGUGGGGCUUGCUCUCUCUUAUGCGGCGCCAGUUGUGUCUUUGCUGAGCAGCUUCUUGACAAGUUUCACUGAAACGGAGAAGGAAAUGGUUUCUGUUGAAAGAGCUCUCGAGUAUAUGAACAUCCCUGAAGAAGAGCAACUACAUGGACACCAAUCCUUGAGUCCUAACUGGCCAUAUAAAGGACAGAUUGAAUUUCGUAAUGUUACCUUGAGAUAUAUGCCAUCUUUACCACCUGCGCUUCGUGAUAUUACUUUUAGCAUCAAGGGUGGGAUGCAGGUUGGAAUCAUUGGAAGAACAGGUGCUGGAAAGUCUAGCAUUUUGAAUGCAAUUUUCCGCCUCACCCCGAUAUGUACAGGACGUAUUAUUGUGGACGGAAUAAACAUAGGUGACGUUCCUGCUAGGGAUCUUCGUGCUCAUUUUGCUGUUGUUCCUCAGAGUCCGUUUCUCUUUGAAGGAUCAUUAAGGGAGAAUCUGGAUCCAUUUCACGUGAAUGAUGACUCAAAGAUUUGGAAGGCCCUAGAGAGAUGCCAUGUGAAAGAAGAAGUGGAAGCAAUUGGAGGGCUAGAUAUCCACGUUAAGGAGUCUGGAAUGUCAUUUUCUGUCGGGCAACGACAGCUUCUUUGCCUUGCACGUGCACUUCUCAAGUCUUCAAAGGUUUUGUGUUUGGAUGAAUGUACGGCCAAUGUUGACACACAAACUGCAUCAAUAUUACAAGACACCAUAUCUACUGAAUGUAGAGGCACAACAGUGAUCACAAUUGCUCACCGCAUUUCGACAGUGUUGAAUAUGGACAACAUAAUGGUCCUUGAUCGUGGUACUUUGGUUGAGCAAGGAAAUCCACAGGCUCUCUUACAAAAUGAUUGCUCCGUAUUUUCAAGUUUUGCUAAGGCUUCUACCAUGUGAUCAGAUCACAACAACUAUCGCUUCACUACACGUUCGCUGACUUCUUACGCCGCGCAGGUUUCACUAGAAAAUAUGCAGUUCUAUCCUUUUUUUUUCCCGGUAACUGGUGCAUAAUUCUGAAUGGAGGUCGUUUUCCAAAAAUGCUGACACAUAACAUGGUUAAGGCCAUUAUUGUGAACAUGACAAAUGACUAGCAUUAUGAUCAUCAUGAAUUUACCCUACUUUGUCAAGCUAAAGACAGGCCAAAAGUAUGUGUAAUUAAUAACUCCCAUUUCAAUCAAAUUAGUUGUAGAAUUACGUUAUCCCAGUGAAAGUAGCUAAAUUUGUUUUUUGCUGUCUUUCCCGGGAAAAACAAAGUGGCGGAUUACAUGCAAAUUUAUCUUUC